AUGGAGGAACUCAAUGGAACAGAGCGCCUGUGCGCCAACGGCGAAGUGCAACUCAUUCCUACCCCUACAGACUCUCCAGAUGACCCACUCAACUGGAGCAGGGCGAGGCGGUAUUGGCAUUCAUUGCUGGUCUUGGUAUUUGUCGCUCUAACCGCGGCAACUUCAAACGAUGCUGGCACAGCUGGCAAUGGCAUGAAUGCCGAGCUGGGCAUCACGUGGGACCAGAUCAACAUUGCUGCUGGUGUGCUGUUCGUUGGUAUUGGUUACACCACAUUGCUUCUCAGCCCAGCACCCUUUCUGUAUGGACGGCGCAUUUCAUACUUGAUUUGUCUGCUGUUCUCUGUCAUUGGCUCAAUCUGGUUCGCCCGCAUCCAGAAUGUUCAAGACAACAUCUGGGGCCAGCUGUUUGUAGGCGCGUCGGAAUCAUGCGCCGAAGCCCUGGCCCAGCUGUCCCUUUCCGAUCUCUUCUUCCAGCAUCAGAGAGGUCUCGUCCUGGGUCUUUACGUCUUGGCGACCAGUAUCGGUACCUUUACUGGUCCAUUGGUAUCUGGGUUCAUCACCGACUGCCCCUUGGGCUGGAGAUGGGUAGGAUGGCUGGCUGCCAUCAUCUCGGGGUCUCUGAUCAUUGUGUUUUACUUUGGCCUCGAGGAAACGUUCUUUGAUCGGAACAAUCCCCUUCAUGGACAAACAGCGUCCUCCAGCCAGGUAGAGACAUCGGCUACGCCGCCAGCCGACCUCUCACCGGAUGAGAAGAAGAAGGCCGAGGCCAAUGUGCAGGCCACCCCGGCAAACCAGCUCGAUGAAGAGUGUCGUCAGAAGAAGGGGAAGACCUACUUCCAGCGCAUUGCGCUGAUCACCCCAUCCCCAACCAUGGUCGGGACCGGUUUCAAGCAGUACUGUCGUCGCUUGCUGCACACGCUGCGGAUCUUCACUUUCCCUGCGGUCCUCUAUUCGGGUCUUCAAUGGGGCGCACAGGAUGCCUGGUUGACCUUUUAUCUCACUGUGGAAGAGGACAACUGGUACCAGGCACCUUGGAACUACAGCGAUGCGGCUGUCGGCAUCAUGAAUGUCCCAACUCUGAUUGGCGCCGUCAUCGGCUGUAUCUACGGAGGAUGGUUCUCCGAUUUCUUCGUUGUCUGGAUGUCCCGGCGAAACAACGGCAUUUUCGAAGCCGAGCAGCGUCUGUGGCUCCUGGUGCCCGUUGCCUUCAUUGGCCCCGCGGGUCUCAUGUUAUUCGGAAUCGGCUCAGACAAAGGCUGGGACUGGCAUCUGCCGUACCUUGGUCUGGGCUUUAUCGGUUUUGGCUGGGGUUGCGCGGGCGAUCUCAGCAUGGCGUAUCUCAUGGACGCGUACCCGGAGAUGGUGCUCGAGGGCAUGGUUGGUGUUUCUGUCAUCAACAAUACCAUCGGUUGCCUUUUCACAUUCACCGCUGAAUCAUGGCUGGAUGCUCAGAGUCUCUCGCAGGUUUUUAUCGCGAUUGGUUGCUUGAGCUUUAUCUUCAUCAUGACCACGAUUCCGAUGAUCAUCUGGGGCAAGCAAUGUCGCAGGUUGACUCGUAAGCAGUACGAGACUUUCCUGCGCAUCCGUGAUGGGCCUGCUUAUUGA